AUGAUUGCAAGCGAACUCGUGAGAUAUAACAUUGACAUUGCAGCUCUCAGUGAAACCAGGUUGGUUGGAGAAGGUGAACUUUGUGAAAAAGGCGCUGACUACACCUUCUUUUGGAGUGGACGAGGAGCCGUGGAGAGACGAGAAGCUGGCGUAGGCUUUGCUAUAAAGACGACACUUGCUGGCAAGCUAGUCGGCGUACCCAAAGCAAUGAACGACCGCCUGAUAACGAUGAGUCCCCCCCUCACUCGAGGAAAGUUCGCCACUAUUGUCAGCGCAUACGCUCCUACCCUGAAUAACCCAGAGGAGACUAAAAACAAGUUCUUUGAGAACCUCCACAAUGUUAUAAAUGCCGUCCACAACGCCGACGAGCUCAUCAUUCUUGGUGAAUUUAUCGCGAGAGUUGGACGUGACACCACCACCUGGGAAGGCGUGAAUAGGAAGAUUGGGAAGCACGAAGUGGGCAAGUGCAUCAAAAACGGCAUGCUGCUUCUCCAGACUUCCGCUGAACAUGGCCUUCUCAUCACAAACACCGUUUUCUGCCUUCCCAUCCGUAACAAGACGUCAUGGAUGCACUCGCGCUCAAAGCACUGGCAUAUCAUUGACUACCUCAUCGUCAGGAAAAGAGACGGACAGGACGUUCGUGUCAUCAAAGUUAUGCUGGACAGAUCACCGUCUCAUCGACUCUAA